AUUGAUUUCGAUGCUCAACAACAAGGUGGACGUGGACGUGGACGUGGCGGCGGUGCUCGAUAAGGUGGAGGUGGUUCUGGUGGUGCUGGUGGUGGUGCCCUCUCAAUUCUCAUAAUUAUUUCUUGCUCCUUGUUUUUCUUUUUCUUUUAGGGAGUGAGGCAUCUUUCAUGCUUGUUAUGUGGUAGCGUUUAUUGUUCUUCUUCCCCCAUUCCCCUCCUCAAUAACUUCCCUCUCCCAUCUUUUGGACUUUUUACCAAUUGCCAAUACCAAACCUCUCUCUCCACCUCUCUCAAUCUCUCAAUCUCUCUCUCCCUCUCCCUCUCCCUCCCUCCUCCCAUUCAUUGGUUUUUCCUAUACAUAAUACUGCAUUCAUUUAUUCUUAUCACAAUCUUCUCUUUUAUAUCUUCAUCUUCAUCAUCAAUCACCAAACUACAAUCUAGAAUCUUGAAUGGCAGUUCAAGCUCAAUACCCUUCCAAUAUCCUCUUGUUUAAUAGAAACUCACAAGAAGGGCGUGAUCAUUCAUUACAACCACACCCAGGAGGAUAUCUUGAUCAAUCCCACAUGCUUUUCAACAAUGGAGGAGGCAACACCAGUCAGCAGCGCAAAAGAGGAAGAGAAACUUCAGCAGCGACCACUGAAGAUAUCACUCCUCCAAUCACUCCCUUCUCUUUGCAACAACAACAACAAUCCCAACCUCCUCAGCUCAUCGACCUCUCUCAGCUCCACAACCACCUCCACCUCCAAAAUCCCAAUGUCGUCUCCACCGGCCUCCGCCUAUCCUUCGGAGACCAGCAACAACCACAGCAAUUCCAACAGCAUCACAAUCAACAACACCACCACUCUUCAGCCCUCUUCUCUGCAUUAACAGAGGACUUUGCCACCCAUAUCAAACACCAGCGCGACGAAUUAGACCAAUUCCUUCAAGCCCAGGGAGAGCAGUUGCGGCGCACGUUAGCAGAGAAAAGGCAGAGGCACUACCGUGCGCUGCUAAACGCAGCGGAGGAAUCAGUAGCUCGUAGACUGAGAGAGAAAGAGGUAGAGGUUCAGAAAGCCACGCGCAGAAAUUCCGAGUUGGAAGCAAGGGCAGCCCAACUUAGCGUUGAGGCCCAAUUUUGGCAGGCCAAGGCCCGAGCCCAACAGGCCACUGCCGCGUCUCUACAGGCCCAACUACAGCAGGCUAUGAUCAGCGGAGGGUUUGCGGCGGCCCAGGAUAGCAGGAGAGGGGAGGAGGGAGUAGUGUGCGCAGCGGGCGUAGGAGGCCGGGCUGAGGAUGCCGAGUCGGCCUACAUUGACCCGGAACGGGUGACCGUGUUGGGUCCGAGUUGUAAAGCGUGUCGGAAACGAGUUGCCUCGGUUGUUUUGUUACCGUGCCGGCAUUUGAGCCUGUGUACAGAAUGUGACCAAGUGGUUCAGGCCUGCCCAUUGUGCCUAACCUUGAGAAAUUCGAGUGUGGAAGUCUAUCUUUCUUAGGGCUCAGGCCCAAGCCCAAUGCCAGAAGCAAAGGCCCAGAAAAGAUGGCAGACUUGCAUGUGAGCAAUGAUAUUAAAAUAAAAUAAAAUAAAAAAAAAAAUAAAAAAGAGGAACCAAAUAUUAUUGGCUAAAUUUUUUUUUUUUUUUUUUAACUUUUGUUUUUGGAAAAUAAUUUGAUAUUGCCUCUCAAUAUUUUCAUGUUUUAAUUUUGGAUUCCCCCCUCUUGGAGUGAAUUACCUUAGAGGUUUUGUACAUGGCCACAUGGGUAGUGGCAUUUUUUUUUUUUUUUGGUGAAUUAUAUUCAUAUACACAAUUCUUUUAUUUAACAUAUAUUCUUUGCCUUC